AUGCAAGUUUUGAACAUGUCGAACAACUUCUUCGCGGGAGGUUUGCCCAAUUUCGGUACGCCAGAAGGGGAAAACAAUCUAGAUGUGCGUGGCAAUUUCUUCUCGGGCAGACCGGAGAUACGGGCGUGGGGAAAGAAGGUCUGCCCGAUCGAAGGGCAGACGGAGAAACCCGGCGAUGACGAAACUGUGUACCUCACUGAAGCUCGUAACUGCCUUUCACAGGGCAUGGCACCUGUCGACCAACAGCUGUGGGUGGGAAAGUUCGGUGGCGGUUUUCGUGCGUGUGCGACAAUGGUUACGCAUUGA